AUUCCCAUUAUCAAUUCAACUCAACCCGAUUUUCCGUUUAUUUAUCUCUUUCAAGUUUUUGAAAAAUGUCGGGUCGUGGUAAGGGUGGCAAGGGAUUAGGAAAGGGAGGAGCAAAACGACAUCGUAAGGUGCUUCGUGACAACAUUCAGGGAAUUACUAAGCCUGCUAUUAGGCGUUUGGCUCGUAGAGGUGGUGUGAAGCGUAUUUCUGGAUUGAUUUAUGAAGAGACACGUGGGGUUCUUAAGAUCUUCUUGGAGAAUGUGAUUCGUGAUGCUGUGACUUACACUGAACAUGCUAGGAGAAAGACUGUUACAGCUAUGGAUGUUGUUUAUGCUUUGAAAAGACAAGGAAGAACUCUUUAUGGAUUUGGUGGUUAAUUUUUUUU